AUGGAUCACCACAAACAAUUGACAUUACAAACCACAUUAGAAAGUUGUAAUAAUUUAUAUAAUUUAUUAUUUAAUAGUAUUGGCUCAAUUAAACCAUCACAACAACAACAACAACAACAACAAAAUCAAAAAAAUACAAAUUCAGUUACAUCUAAUACAAAUAUUAUAAAUGAUCAAGAGAUAUUUAAAUUAAAUAAAUUUCAUUUAUAUGGUGAGAAUAAUAUAGAUGAAUUAUAUAAUUCAAUAGAAUUACAAUUACAAACUAUUAAAUUCACAUGCCAACAAUAUAGACAAUGGGAUAGCACAGAAAGAGAUUCAAUUAAAUUUUUUAAUACUCAAAAACUUUAUAACCAAUCACAACAACGUGGUAAUUUAGUUUCAAAAACUUUAUUUGAUUGUUCAUUACUUGGUAAAAUUUAUUUAAAUCAACAAAAAGAACAACAACAACAACAAAAACAAAAAAAUAAACAACAACAACAACAACCACAACCAUUAGUUGAAGAUUUAUCAAAAAAUAUUUCAAAAACAGUUGAAGUUAAAAGAAAAUUAGGUUUAUUAGCAGGUAAAUUACAAGAAAUGACAAAUGAAUUAAAUAAUAAAUAUUCAACAUUCUCUGUAUUGGAUGAUUUAUUAGGUUUAUUAAAAAGUAAUACUGAAAUUGAUUAUAAUUCAGAUUCAUAUGUUAGUUGUAAUAUUUCUUCUUCAACUUUUUUAUUAGAUAUUGAUAUUUAUCAUAAUGGUGAAAUUAAAGAAGUUAAACUUGUACAUAUUUUAACAACUACUGGUGAAGUUGAACCAGCUGAACAACAAUUUAAUGAUGAAUUAACCAAUUCAUUGAAAACAGAUAUGAAAGAAUUCAUUAAAAAAGUACAAAGAAUUUGUGAUUUAGAUUUACUAUUUAGAAAGUAUAAACAUUUUGAUUUACAAAAAGCAUUUUCAAUUUUACAAUCUGAUUUUUUAAAUAUUUCAAUUAAUUCAAAUAUAAAAUAUAUUGAUAAUAAAGAAAUUGAAAUGAAUAAAGGAUUUGGUGAAAUUAAAUUAGAUUGUUGUGGAGUUUUAAUUAAAUAUUUUCAAUCAUAUAUUGAAAAGAUAUCAAAGAUGAAUGAACCUUAUUCAAUAAUGAUUGAAAUGGAAUCAUCAGCAGUUACAAAUAAUGGUUCAUUAAUUGAUCAAUCUGAAUAUUCAAGAUUAUCUUUAAAAACUUUAUUACAAAAACAACAACAUACUCAACCAUCAGCUCAAACAGAUUAUUCAGAACAACAACAACAACAAUCAAUAUCAACACAAUUAACAUCAAUUGAAUUUAAUGAGAAAGAUUGUUUAGAUUGUGAACCACUUUCAUCAAUGUUGGAAAGUGAUUCAAUAUUUUCACCAGUUAGAUUGGUUUGUAAAUUAAAUAAACCAAUUUUAAUUACAAAUCAACAAUUAUCAAAAAUUUUAAAUUUAUCAAAAAUUCAUAGAUCAUCACAACAGCCAUCCCAACAACAGCCAUCUCAACAACAACAACAACAACAACAACAACAGCAACAAAAGAAAUUAAAUUCAGUUGAUGAAUCAAUGAAUGAAAAUGGUGAUAGUAAUAUUAUUGAAAAUAUUAAUGAAUUAAUAAAGAAAUAUUCAAUUCAAAAUCUUUUAAUAUCAUCAUCAUCAUCAUCAUCAUCAUCAAAUGAUUCAAAUAUUUCGGUGAAUGUUGAUAAUAGUUUUGAUUGUGAAGUUUAUGGUAUGAAACAAAGAUAUUAUUAUACAGGUGAAUUUGAAUUAGGAAUUGAAAUUUCAAGAAUACCAAUUUAUCAUCCAAGUCAAGUUUAUCCAACAAUUCAAUUAUUAAGACAACAAAUUGUAUUUAAUAUUUUAUUUAAAAGUUGUUUUCAAAAUUUAAAUAUCUCUAAAAGUGAUGAUCAUCAUAAUAUUAUUGAUAAUAAUAAUGAUGUUAAAAUUUUUGAAAUCACAUCAAAUCCACCAAAUUCUAUAAAUAUAAUAUUUUUACAUCCAAUUGAUAAUAGUUUUAACUCUAUUGAUAUCUUUAUAAAGAAUAAUGGAGAUUUAGAAGCUUUCUAUUAUGAUAAUACAACAAAUAUCCAACCAAAUAUUCAAAAAUCAACUUUAUUUACAAAAAUGUUGAUAAAAUCUUUAUCAAUUUCAGUUUCUUUAGCAUGUUUUUUUAAAAAUAAAUAA